AUGGGUUGCUGUGGUUGUGGAGGUUGUGGUGGCUGCAGCAGUGGCUGUGGGGGCUGUGGCGGCUGUGGGGGCUGUGGCGGCUGUGGGGGCUGUGGUGGCUGUGGUAGCUGCACCACCUGCAGGUGCUACCGGGUGGGCUGCUGCUCCAACUGCUGCCCCUGCUGCCGCGGCUGCUGUGGGGGCUGCUGCAGCACCCCCGUGGUGUGCUGCUGCCGCCGCUCCUGUAGCUCCUGUGGCUGUGGCUCGUGUGGCUCAUGUGGCAAGGGCUGUGGGAAGGGCUGCUGCCAGCAGAAGUGUAGUUGCCAGAAGCAAUGCUGCUGCUAG